AUGCACGAAGAGUUGGAAGCAGCUUUGAAAUUCCACCCGCGGAAAAAUGAUAAGGUUUUCCGUUAUGGCACCGCCGGGUUCCGGGACUUGGGCGCAGAAUUGGAUUUCAUCAUGUUCAGAAUGGGACUCUUGGCUGUGAUGAGGUCAAUUGAAAAGGAAGGUCAGGCGAUAGGUGUCAUGGUGACUGCUUCGCAUAACCCAGAGCAAGACAAUGGAGUCAAGCUGGUGGACCCGUUUGGAGAAAUGCUGGAGGCUUCUUGGGAGGGAAUUGCAACUGAAUUAGUGGCAGCUUCAGAUGAAGAUUUGGUGCAAGUAUUGUCCAAGAUUGGUCCCUUGGACAAGGCCUCAAUUGCAAACGUGAUCCUUGGACAAGACACGCGCAGGUCUAGCGAGGCUCUGGCAGGUGCUAUUGCUGAUGGUGUUCAAUGUCUUGGUGCUAAUUUGCGCACUUUGGGGCUGGUGACGACCCCUCAACUACACUUUGUAGUUGCUUGCACAAACAAUAAGUCUUACGGGGCUCCUUCAGUUGAUGGCUACUGUGCAAAACUCUGCGCUGCUUUUGAUAAAAUUCAUCAAGGCGUGACGGACGUGCAGAAAUACUCGAACAAAGUCGUGUUCGAUGGAGCAAAUGGAGUUGGAGUUUUUGCGAUGAAAAGGUUCCUCAAAGCCUUGGGUGGUGACAUUUUGAAUGUGGAGUUUUUCUUGCCGGAAAGAGGCCGACUGAACGAGAACUGUGGCUCGGAUUUUGUGAAAACUGAACAAAGGCUCCCUUUAGGAAUGGAUGUGGAGCCUGGGACUAGAUGUGUAUCUUUUGACGGAGACGCUGACAGAAUUGUGUACUACUACAAUGACUCUGCGAAGGUGUUUCGACUCUUGGACGGCGACAAAAUUUCUGCAUUGGUUGCGGGUUUCUUGUCGGAUUUAUUGAAAAAAUGUGGAAUCAGUGCGAAACUCGGGGUGGUGCAAACGGCGUAUGCAAAUGGCAGUUCCACAAAAUAUCUGGAAGAGGUGAUGGGAGUGCCUGUUGCUUGUGCCAAAACCGGAGUGAAGCAUUUGCACAAAGUGGCAGUGGAGCUCUUUGAUAUUGGAGUUUACUUUGAAGCCAAUGGACAUGGGACAGUUGUUUUCAAAGAGUCGGUGAAACAAGAAAUCCGAACCAAAGCUGGAUCAGACCAAAAUGCCCAGAAGCUCUUGGCUUUUGUUGAUCUUAUAAAUGAAACUGUUGGAGAUGCGCUGUCAAUUUUUCUGCUCGUUGAGGCAAUUUUAAUGACGAGAGGUUGGAAUAUGGAUGACUGGAACAACAGCUACUCUGACUUGCCGAAUAAAAUGCUCAAAGUUCUGGUGAAAGACAGGUACAGUAUGGAGACGACGGACGCGGAAAGACGCUGCGUGAAACCAGUUGGAAUUCAGGAGAAAAUUGACGAAGUUGUCGGAAAAUUCGUUGAUGGUCGAUCAUUUGUCCGUCCGUCUGGAACAGAAGACGUUGUACGUGUCUACGCAGAAGCUGCUACAAAACCUGAGGCUGACGCUUUGGCAGAACAAGUCGCUGACAUCGUCAGGACAUUUUGUGGAGAGAGGGAAACUUUGGUCAGCUCAAUGGUAGCCUGUGAUGCAGCGGACGUCGAAGAUCGGCUUGCAAAUUUCGACGAGAUGCAAAAAUCGGAAUUGUUGCGUUUCGAUGUGAACGUCGUAGAUGAAAUGGACCUACUGGUUCACGAUCAGCAAGUGACGUUGGCGAAGUCAGGAUUUAUGCAUAAUUUUCAUCUCGCCAAGCAACCUGAUGAAAUCAAGGUCAUGAUGUUUCUUGUCGAAUGCUUGCUUCCUUUUGCGGAAGAAUUUGUUACGAUGAUGAGCCUGUUGCCGCUGUCCGAAGUGCAGAUGGAACUGUGCUCGAAAAUCGAGGAUUUGUCCGUCUACGGUGACCUGUUGAAGGAAACUGAGAAUAAUAAUGCAUCGGGGUCCAGCAAUUCUUUUAAGGUGAUCCCUUUAACAGACACUAAUCUUCCGGAUCAAAAUAACGUGGAAAUCAUCUCACAAAAUGAAGAACCGAUGGAAGAAGACUCAGAAUCUCUCGUUCGAAGAGGUUUCAAGUGGGCUUUGAGUCAAAUUCAAAAGUUUUUCCCGCAUCUGUUCGUCGUGUCAGAAUUGGAAUGUCUUGCAGCUUUAUCGGAAAUGGACCAUGAUGCUCUGGAGCUUUACUUCAAAUUGGUUCAAUUGGAUCCUAAAUGGUACCGAGUCCAGGAAAUAUUGCAGAAGGCAAAUAUAUCCGAAGAGGAUUUUGUUCACAUUGAGGAUCUCAAACAUCUUGGCUUGGUCUACGAAAAACCAGGAUCUCGUUCUUGCCAGAAAUCAGUUUUGCGUUUGCCAGCCGCUGAGAUCCUGAAAUUACUGAAACCUUAUCAAUUGCAACAAAUUUCUGAAGAAUGUGGCUCUUCUGAAGCAUCAGAGACGCGGAUUCUGCAGCACGUUUUCGGAAGUGAUCAGGUUGAGGAAGCAGAUAAGUUGAGGAUGAUUGACUGCAUGGCCGUUGAAUACUGUCUAGAUCCUUCAGCUGUCCAGUUGGUGGAAAUGAUGGUCAUGUUACUGAGGGCUCCUGAGCCUUCAAUUUGCAUUGAACGUGUGGUCACCUUUGCCAUGGCUUUCAAGGAUUUUGCGGACGUCUCUGUCGGUCAUUUCAAUGUUCAAGCCAUCAACGUUUUGUUUCCAAAUCGAGCAGCGUUCAGGCAGUACUUCCUGGCAUGGAAAUGUUUUGAGAAAGUAAACGCUGCUUGCGUUUACAAGUGCUACCCGCUGAUAUCUGAAGGCGUGACUUGGGCUGUAAACGCUUUGCCAACUUUCCGGAAGCGUGACUCGGAACUUCCGGAAUUCCUCUUGCCCUUCUCAAUGGGCACUAUCUUGUGCGCCCUGACUUGGAAUGGAAUCCGUGCUUUGCCGUCUUCGAAACAGUUUUUUGAUUUGAUUGCUGAUGCCUUGUCACGGCUGCUGUUUCAAGUGGAAUACAUGGUUGACAGUCGUCCCGUGUGGCAUUUUUAUAGAAUCAGGUUCUUGAGGAUUAUUGGUAGGCUCUCUGAGUGCGUGGAUGCCAUUUUGGCAGCUGCUGCUGAUCCAACAAUCCAAGCGAACCAUUGGGCAACAUUGGUACUGGCCAAGAAUGCUCUUUUAAAAGCCACGAAAAAGAGGGAGACGAAUAUUAAACGAACGAAGAACUUGGCCGAGAGUCCUCAGGCAACAGACUUGCGAAUUUUCACCCUGAAGUUAAUCGAAGAGAACUCCAAGUAUCAACUGACGCUGAGAAUGCGGGAUAACAGUUGGGCAACUGUUUGUUUGUCGAGUAAGGAUGAAGUCGUGACUGCCUUUUAUGAAGCAAAUUUUCCACACUUGGGUCUUGGAAACCGAAUAGAUGGCUCCAGUUGCUUUGUUUCAUUGUUCGGCAUUUUCAUGUGGGAUGAGCUUUUCAUGCCGUUGGAAGCGGCUUUCAUGUUUCCAGUGCAAAAGGCACCCUUGGAUUUGAUUUCCAAAGAUUUUUAUCUCAGACGUUCAGAUGAAAUCGAUGCAAAGCUGGAGGUCAUAAAGAGCAACUUUGAAGAAUUUGUGGAUUUCCUGGGAAAUUGCUGGGAAGAGAGGUCGAAAGUCAGACAAGCCUGCUUGGUUGAAUGGGAUCUCUUUUCGUCAUUCUCUGCUUUCAAGGAACUCGUUCUGACAAUUGGCUCGAGUGUUGUGAUAUUGAUUUGCCAGAUGUUUUCGAAGGCUUUCUCUACGUACUCCAGAAAUUGUCCGGAUUUCUUGUUCUGGAAUUCCGGCAAGAAUUCGAAAAUUCAUUUUGUUUUCCUGCCUCGUGACGACGGAGACAAACAGGUGAAGCUGAAAACCUGGGGAUCCCUGCUCAUUGGAGCAGGAGCUAUAGUGGAUUUCUGUGCCCUGAAAAGUCUUUGAUCGCACAUAGCAAGAAAUCCCGUGUUUGUUUGUGUGUUUAUUUUUUUUAGAGUGCGUUUUCUUCAUAUUUUUCUGAGUGAAGGGGGAAAGCUUCCAUCCUGGCAGUUUUUUUAUACAAAAAAAAUUUGUUUUAACACAUUUUUCUGUGUGGCAACAUUUUUUCCAACUCUUGGCAGAAAACCCCUAAAUUAUAUGUUGUUACCAAUCUUGUUAUAACAAAGUUACCAAUUCAAAGUAUAACAAACUUUUUUGAAGAAUGUUCAAUGUAUUCUCCAAAUAUAAAUUGCAUGACCAAUACAGGCACAGACUGAAAUUCUGAACCUGUAUUGAUUCUGAUUGAACUGAUAGAUUCUUUUGGCAUUGGAUGGAUUAUAAUCAAUGACAAACAUGUCUUCAAAUGGUUCUAUGCAUCAUCCUCCCAGAAUAAAAAGAGGUAGAUGUAAAUUUUUAAAGCUAAUUUUUCUGCAGAAGAUCACUCAGUUUUUCUCUCAAUAGUAAACAGAUUCAGAGAAUGCCAGAAAAAGACACGAUAUAAUAUCAUGGGCAGGUCUUAUGAGAAAAAUGUGUUCAGUCAUUAAUUUUGAAAACCUUUUUAACAAUUAUUUAGUAUUUCAAGCUGAUUUUUGCAUUCCCCAAAAUUUGUUGUUACAAGAUUUUAAUGUAUUACAUUUUUUAACUAUCACUGGAUGUCAUGGACACAUGAUUUUAAUGUAUUCCAUUUUUUAACUGUAUCACUGGAUGUCAUAGACAACCUGAUCUUUCUCAUGUUGGAUAGGUGUUGCCUGAAUUAGGUUCUAUUGUAUUCAAUCAGGUCUAAGAUCAUUUUGCCUUGGUUUAAAUGAUUCUAGCAAAAUUAGGGCUGUUUGUUGAAAGCAAUGAACUUUUCCAAUUCUACCGCUAGAAACUCAACGUUUUCUGUGAUUAUUUUGGUUUGUGUUUGUUCCUGUUGCGGGUUCAAAAAGCACACAGUAUGUGAAAAACUACACUUUUUUUUUUACAUUUUGGGCAUGGAACCUUUGAACCUCCCAACUGCGCAAGAGGUGUGCUUUUUGUGUUGAUGAAAUGUGGAAAUUCUGUCCUCCGCGAAUUUUUUUCUCAACGUCAAGAAUAUCAUGGGAAUCCAAGAAAGAAGAACGCGAUGAAGCUGUAGGGAGAUUCCUCCGUC